AUGGAAAACUUGAAUGAGCUUACAACUGUAUUAAAGCCUUUUGAAUUUGUAACAAGAGAAUCAUCGGGCCAAAAGUAUGUAACAAUCUCCAAAAUUAUACCAAUGCUUAAUUGCUUAACUACAGAACUGAAUAGUAUCACUCCAAACUCCGCUAUCCUUAAAGAAUGUAAGGAUGUUUUAUUGAGAGAGCUGAAAAGGAGGUAUGGGAUGAUUGAAUUAAACGAUCAUGCAGCCAUUGCAACAAUUCUAGACCCAAGGUUUAAAAAUCUGCAUUUCCAAGACCCCUCUGCAUGCGGAAGAGCUAUUCAAAAACUUAGAACCAUGGUUGUCGGACAACUAAGUAGCCCAAGUGAGUCAGAAGAUGAUGUCUCAUUUACUGCACCACCUGAAUACGAUUUUUGGAAACAUCAUAAAGAGUUUGCACAUGGGCACAAGAAGAAAAAAAAAUCUCAUCAGGGAGAUGAAGUUUCUCUUUAUUUAUCAAAUCCAGUAGUUUCUCUUAAAAGCAACCCAUUUGCAGAAUGGGAUGACAUGAAGUUGGUGUUUCCUUGUCUGUACAAGUAUGCACAGCAAUAUUUAAUUGUUGUUGCAACAUCAGUUCCUAGCGAGUGCCUUUUUUCCAAAGCCGGUGCAACAAUGACACAAACAAGAAACAGAUUGUCAUCUAAAUACCUUGAACAGUUACUGUUUUUGGGCAAUCUUAAUGCUGAAGAGUUUUUUGUUUAA